AUGUCAUCCGAGUACUGCCAGUCGAGCGAUGCGUCCCUCUCAAACAUGGACAAUUGCAGCGUCUUUACCCCUGCUGCAACCUCGGAACAUACUCUCGCCGACCCUACCCAAGGCCAAAGGUCGGGCACUUGGGUCCCUUCGCAUGGCUCCACCGUCAUCAUUCGUGCCGUCUCAAGCGAAAAUGUAUUAACACUGCUUGACGGGAGCGUCGUCCUGGCUCCCAUCGGCAGUCGCGGCUCCAUCCAUUGGUCAUGUGUCGAGCGCGAGGGCUGGCUUGGAUUUCGAAAUUGCAGUUCCAACAAGUUUAUAUGCCACGGGUGGGACGGGAGAUUGAAGUGUACCGCAGAAGAGCGUGACGGUUGGAGGCAUCUUACUCUCACCCCAGUCCCAAAGGGAGGCUACAUUAUGCAAAUGCUCGAUUGGUGGGUCCUACGCCCUAUAGUGCUCAGUCCUGAAAAGGGACUCCAAAAGCUGGCAAGGACUGGUAACAAGCUAUCUGAUGGCGUGGUAUGGGAAUUCAUCAAUGCCGAAUAG